CGGGAGUAAACGAGCUGCCCUUUCGCUUCUGCAUAUCGAUAAAUCGGCUCGCCGGUAGUCUUUGCCCCCGGAGUCACGUAGGCUGCAGCUAAACCGUUUCACUAUGAAGAGUGGGGAUCCUCGUGACGAUGUAGGACAUCAGUUUUGUCCGUUUAAUUCGCGAGGCAAGUCGCCUUUCCGCGGCUCACAUGUUGCGGCUGCUGCAUCGUGCUGCAGCCUUGUCGUCAUUCAUCAUCAUCAUCAUCAGCGUAGGUUGAUAGGUCGAAUGAUAUUCUUGCAAAGUGUACAGUACAUAGUUCGACUGGCGACCGAUUCGUCAUUAAGACACAGAAAGCCGUUGCUGGGUGGAGUAAAUUCUGCAAUAAAAAUCGGCAUAUUGCGACAGGUUGAUCUGCCUCGAAGUGCUUGAACCGGACUAUGCGGAUUAUGAGAAUUUCGCGUGUGCUGUGCCGCGGAGAAUGAAUUUCCGAGUUCGUGUGAUCACUUCGGAUAUCGACUGCACAUUUACACGGCUUGCCCUUCAUUACUUUCAUCGAGACACAGUCCUACCUUAAAGGGUUGAUUAUCGCAGUGUUCACCCUACAUGCUCUCAGUGCCGAUUCGCGAUUGCAAACGUGGGACACUGGCGAUGAGAAGUCGAGCUGGCGCUGUGCGGUGCCACACCUGCCCCGAUAUAUCUCGUGGGCGCACGACACUUCCGAAUCGAACCGUUGGGUCGCUUCGGACUAUGCGCAGAUGUUGAAGCAAAAGAUCGGUGACUCGCUAUGUUCAUCCUGCAGCUACAUAUAAUCGCCUUUCUGGCUACCAUUCUCUUAAUCAGCGAAUGCAACGCAAAUUCAAUGAACUGGCAACAGCAAGAAAUGAGAGAGCAACAACCGAGAGAGUGUGUGGGCUGUGGCAAUGAGUGUAACAGAUGCAAGUACGGUUCCACGAUGUCGGCCUUUUGUGGGGGUAUUAAAGAAUGCCGACGGGGUCCUGGCGAGUACUGCGGGGGUCGGAGUCAGUCAUGGGGUAUAUGUGGCGAAGGGAUGAUCUGUAUUUGCAACCGUUGCGUGGGCUGCAGUUUGGACAUGCUGACGUGCUUUUCGAGUUCGUGUCUGCCUCAACAGAACAUGGAGCAUCGGAAUCAACAUGACAUAAGCGACAGAAUCUACACCAACAGGUACAUAGAGAACCAGCCGUUGGACGGCCGACAGAUCGAAGGACGACAGAUGUAUGAACGACGAUUGAGAUUGUUGAAUAUGAAACGAAAGUGAACGAACGAGGGAGCGUCAGAGAGACAGAGAGACGGGGAGGGAGAGGGGCGAGGGGAAGGAAAAAGAGAAAAAGAAAGGGAGAAGGGCGAGGAAAAAAUAAGGGAAGCGGGCGUUAACGAUUUUUCGAAUUAUUUAUUGCAUUCGCCGGUGUAAUCUCAUUAGGUACCUACUAUUGUGAUAGACAACUCGUCAGGCCGCGCAUCGUCUCCAUGAGCGACGCGACGACGUGCUUGUUCGUGUUUAAUGGCAGUUUCUGUGAUUUUUUUAAUUACUAUGUAUUAUCCUCUUUUAUAUAUACGUAUAUAUAUAUAUGUACUCAACUAUCCAUAAAGCGCGCGUUCGUGUGCGCGAGGACGUGUACACUCUGUUUCAAAACAGUUCGAAUGCUUUUCUUUUUCUGGAACGCAGCCAACGGUCCAAUGGGAGGACUUAACUUCUGGUGAUUAAUCAACGACUAGUUCUUCCAAACAGAGAUCAGAAAAAUCAAUAAGAGGUCACGCGAGAAACGUCGAUUGCGAAACACACUAUGCUUAUAAAUGUAUCGAAGAAUGACACGUGGCGCCACGAAAAAUCAUUUGAUCGUCAUUUUGAGCUUCCUCAGCAGAAAUGGAAGGAGAAGAAGAAGAAAAUUAAUGCGGACUUGCCACAAACAUACGAAAGAUAAAUACGAAAGAUUUUGUCGACUUGACUAAUCGUAUUAUAAAAAUUGUCAGAUUUGCGUAUAGUAUAUAUUUGUUAAUAAUAAUGUAUUAACCAUCUAAAAUUCCACCAACUUGUUGGCAUUUGUUGGAAACAUUUGAGAAUAUCAUGAUAAAUAAUUUCUCUAACUUUGUCGAUCACAUUUGUAUGUUUUCUACAUUAUCAAGAGGCAUAUUUUGCUAGAAACAUUCAGCAAAUCGUCUUCUGGGGAACACAGUUUUACUAAAAACAUUUUUGUUAUUAGCUUUUUGCUCCUAACAUUAUCACUGCUGCUUUCUCGGCGUAAGCCCGCCCUGACACAGCAUGGCACUCAAGAUUUUGUUAACAAAAAGAAUUAUUAAUAAUUGGGGUCCAGUAAUAUAAUACUUUACACAAAAACCAAUAAUAGAACUGAUUGGGAUCAACCUGAUCAGAGGACCAUGGGAUACAUUUUUAGUCGGGGCGUCCGAGGAACGGCACGAGAGUGACAAGUCCUCUCAUUGGGGACCAUCGGCGGUACUACAGAAUGCAUCAGUAAAAAACAGUUUUGCAAACCGUUUUGAAGCAAGGUGUAUGCGCGCGCACGCGAACGUGCAUGUGCCGCGGGCUAGCUUGAUCUCGCGAGAUACACGAUGAAUCAUCCCCACAUGAUUCUUGGCUGUGAAUCGCGCAUCUCUCACGGAAUGCGCGCGCGAAGCGAUGAACUGGGUCCUCGAUAUUCCCACGUAGUGUGCGAAUCACCGUGGGGUUCCCGCCGAAAAGAAACGAGAGCGCGGUGAUGAGGUAGUUUUGAUGACGAUUUCCCGCAUGGGUGCUGACGGACUAGAGCUUUUAAGGGGAUGCUGUACUUGUGAAAACUUCACCGACAAAAUACUGUCAUUUUUCUGCAGAGUUUACGGUGCAUUGGUUACCCAGAAUUGCAAAUACCUUCGUACAUUGAAACGUGCAGAAAUGAAUCGGAGCAUUGCUCGAUAUGUGAUGAAAACUACAAGAAAUCUUCAAACUGACAUCUCGCGCUGUUAAUUCACGUAAAUAUUUGAUUUUUACAACUUUUAUAUCUUUACAACUGAAUUUAGAAGCUUAAAAACGCAAAGUUUGCAGAAAGAUACUACAUACGCGUGGCUGGGUUUCCUGCUAAAUAAGCAGCACACACACACACACACAUACACAAAUUUUUAUAUAAGUUUUGUAUGUAUGAGAAAAGAAUUGUAUGAUCGCGUUAGUAGCGAUCACCUCGACAGUAUUGACAUAUUUUUUGGAACUUGCCAUUCACUAUAGCAGCCCCUUAAUGAUAGAUAUAAAGGGAGACUACGCUCGCUCUUGAUUUUCUCUCACGGUAAUCGACUGUGAAAUGCUUGGCGAACACCGCUCUAUGUAACGGAAAACUGAAUAAAAUUGGCUG